CGGCGCUCGCGUUGUCACUGACACCCGCAAGAAGCAGGACCCCGGCACCGUACUGCGUGCGCGCUGGGAAUCCUGGUGGGCGCUCUCGCUGCGCGAGCAGCGUCGGCGCCACGGGUCAAGGAGACAAGGUGGAGGUGGCAGGGGGAGGUGAAAGGAAGGAUGCGAGAUGAAGACACAGAGCAGGAGGGCUGCGGACGAGGGUUCCGCCUGCAUUCUCCGACUUCGCGGUCCGAGAGGCCGAGAGCGGCGGGGAGGGAACUUCGUUGGCCCUGGGCUUCCCCGAACUCCCGAGCGCAGCGCGGGAGCCCUCGCCCUGCGUACUUACUGCUCACGGUCUGUCUGAAACUUGGCUGGCUGGGGCUCUGUCCAUGGAGCAAAAGUAGAGAAUCCAGGGUGGAAAGUUUCUGGUGCUUGGCUUUGCGGUGUUCUCCUAGUCUUCUUCCUCUUUACUCCUUUCCCUUCCCUCUUCCCCAGGUCCUAACGUUUAAGGUCCUGGGUCAGGGUGUCUUCUUCUGGUGCGGAGAUGGUUGUUAUGAUGAUGAUGGGGGGAGGGAGGAGGGGGAGGAGGAGGAGAGGGAAAGGACUCCUCCAAAGGGACACCCGAGCGAGCGGGGGAGGGGACGGCGGAGGAGGGGGGAAGAGAAGGAGGCUGAAAGAGCCUUUUCACACCUUCGGGAAGGAGACCGGUUCUGGAGAGAAAGGGCUGAGAACCCGGAGGCAGCGGCGCCGGGCCGCGGCUGCCCGUUCGCAGGGCAGCUAGCUCGCGAGGAGGCGCGGCCAGAGCGGUGGGACCGGUGACACCAAGAGCCUAGAAGACGCAGGGACCCGGGACCGCGCGCGGGAGGAAACGCGGCGGCCGCCCAAGCUGUCACCUCCAGCCUCUCCCCUCUCGGCCGCUUCUGCCAGCAGCCAGAGCCGGACUCACUGACAAGCCGCAGAGAGAGACACACUGAGAGGGAGAUGAUUAUUAGUUGCGUUGAGUCAUCAGGCAAAGUGAGUCCUUUUGGGUUGUCCUCGGUUUCCGAUUUCUCCCCCUCCCCCUUUCGGUCCCCAGAUCUAGCGCCUUCAAAAUAAUAAUUUGGGGUGGGGGUAGGGGAAGUCUCUGGAUUAUUUCGGGAUGGGGGUGGGGGGGAUGAAUCUAAACCCAAGCCAGACUGGUCCACCGCGAGAAAAGAGGGGAGUGGGGGGCGGGGAGGAGGGCUGGGGAGGUUGCGGGGGGAGGGGGGCCCCGCCUGGCAGGAAAUUAAACAUCAAUCAAUCAAUCGCUGUGAGCACGGCGACCCAACGGCGGCGGGGCUGCGGAGGAGGCAGAGGGACAGGCGAGGGGCGGGUGGGAGGCAGGGAGGAGGGAGGAGGAGGAAGAGGAGAGUCGGCGGUCGGAGCGGGGUGACGAGGACCUCGUGCACGAGGCGGCGAAGGACCGAUGGCAGAGGACCGAGUGCGGCGCGAGGUGGUGGCCGCGGCCAGCGGGUGGGUGCGUCUGGGCGCAGGCGGGCACCGGGGCCCAGGGUCUGGUCCUCCUCCUUGUGGCGGGUCCAGGGCGCGGUCGCCUCGCCCAGCCCCUAGGCGCACUCUUCCCGGCGCGGAGGCGGCGGCGACAAGGCAGUCGCUGGGUGCCGCGUCUGCCGGCGGAGACGCAGACCGACGCGCAAGAGGCGACCGCGGCUGCCUCGGCUCCCAGCUCUGUUAACUGCGCGGAGUACUUUCGACUUUGGAGAUAGGAGGGCGAUCGCCUCCCCCACCCACCGCCUCCGCCCACCACCCACCGCCUCCGCCCCUCCGAGCAACUUUUCUCGGUGCCUGCGAGCUCCCCCUCCGCGCCGAGCCGAACGUCCCGGCCCGCCGCGCUUCGUGCCGCCGCGCGCGCAGGGAAGGCCGCUUCUCCUUCAAAGCUGGCACGGCCGCGAGUCCGGAACAAUAGCCCGGGUGUCCCGAAUGGCAGGAGCACGGCCACUGCCCGCCGGGCUGUGGGUGGCACAGGAAUGGGGGUUGCGUGGUGGGUGCAGAGCGGGGUGCAUCCCUGGAUGGCAUCCCUGGAGCGCUCGCCGCUCCGGAGACAUCGCGAGCGGCGCAAACCGGGCCGCCUGGAGCCCGUGACGCGGUGGCGGCGAGGGCGGUGGGGCUGCCUGUCCUCGGGCUACAGGACUGGGGCUCCUGGGGACCCCAAGCUGCUCGAGCCCAGGGCUGCUGGCGCCUGCAGAGCUGUGCCGUGAGGACCCGGCCUCCCCGCCCUGGGGGAGGCCGCACAGGAGCGUCCCCAGCAGGUCCCGCGAAGGCGUAACAGAGCCACAAACUUUUGCCGACUCCCGCGGCCGCGGAGCCCGACUCCGGCCGCGGUGCUCAUUUAAGGUGGCGCGGGCACUAGCCGAGCAGGCUGGCCUCUGGCCGCGCUUUUGUCCCUGCGAUUCUGCUUAGGCGCAGUGCCUCCUUAAGGAAAAGCACGUGGGCAAGGGCCGCUGCCCCCGCGAGAUGCCAGGGGCGUCGGCGGACAUUAGCCGCUAGGACCUUAGGCGAGAAAAUGUGGACGCAUCCCCGCCGGCCCUGAGGCCAGAGAAUCCCCUCAACUGGUUGCGCCUCCUGUCCCUCCCGCACAUGUUGACUCUCCCUCUUAAUCCCCAAGACCCCGAGGGCUCUCCCACAGCUCCCGCAGCAAGAGCCACCGAUCCCCCUUAAGAAGCGUUGACUGUACGGCGGCGCCAGAGGGCCAAACUAAGUUCGGUUUCGGGAAACGCUCUCGGGAGCAGUUCUGUAAAUCCCGGCUGGGUGCACAGACUGCGGAAAGCUGAGUCCGCCGAUUGUGCCCGGGACAAGACCGCCUUCCACUAGCCGCAUCUCCCUGGUAGGCGGCAUGCGCACGGGCUUAGAGGCUUGAGAGCCUCUGGAAGAGAAAGGGUCCCAGGAAGGAAACCUGCCCCCGGCCUAAGUGUCGGCGCCCAGAUCACCACGAACCCGGCACCCAGACGCCGCCCACCAAGUUCCAAAGAAGUCCGAGGCGACCCGGGAGUCGGUCGGAUCCCGGCCGAGAAAAGAAACAAGCAGGAUAGCAAAUCUUAGGGGAGCCACCCUGGGAGUUUUAGGCAGCGUUUGCCUUUCCCUGGUUUUCUUCACCAAGUCCCAUCCUCCCCCUGCAUCCCACCCCCAGUCAAACGGGUGGGAGAAAAUGCACAGUUCGAAGUCGGUGAGAGCAAAGUGGGUCUAGUAAAUCAACCCGUGGUGGUAGCUAAAAGGUUUGGGGCUGCAAAGAAACAAGCUGUAAGUUUGAGCAACAAACUUUUUCUUCAAUCUGUUAUAUGUCGAAAUGGGAAGGGGGUGUCGCAAAAGCCAACUACCACUGUCAAACUUAGCCCGUUUACAACAUGGGGAAAGGCGUAUUUCUUAUUAAUAUCUCAACAACGGUAACAAUGCUGUAUCCUUCCUUACCUUGAUGUUGAACUGCGAAUCCUCCUCCGGAUCAAUGUCCAGGAACUUAGAAGAAUUGGUGAUAUUAGGAGUUCAGUACUUCUGGAAAAAAAUGCAAAUGGUUUAGCCAGGAUCUUUCCUGUCUGAUUCGUCACUAUUAUUAUAUCUGAUGAUGCGAAUGGUUGGAGCGAUUCAAUCCUAAGUCAUUAAUGAGCUAUUUUAUAAACACCACUGUCUGAAGAUCUUCAUUUACAUUUUGCUAAGGAUCACUUCGCUAACCUCACAGGCUUGUGUCAACAACAUGAUUUGCAGGACUUCAGUUACACUCUUAUAAACAACACGGCUGUAUUGUUAAUCGGUUAAUAUUUUAUAAAGUGUAAAUAUUUUAUUAUGUUUUGAAGGGAACUAUUGAUUCUAAAUUAUUAAACCCCUGAGAAUGACUAUUUAAAUGAAAUAUACAUUUAAGUACAAUUAAAUGUACAUUGUGGCUAGUUUGUUUUCAGAUUCUGCACCCUUUUAAAUUCAUUGCUUUUCUCAUUAUUGGAGUUUCCUCUUGUCCAUUUCUGAUACUGAAAAAAAUCUAUCAUGUUAGGAAAAAAACCUAAAUUAUUUAAAGUUGCAUUAAACUUAGAGGAAAAUGUCAAAUACGAUUAAUUAUGACCAGAAAUGUAUUUUGAAUGUUUGUAGAGUUGUAUUUCAUAUCACAUUUUACAAAUUUCUUUCGAUUUAAAGGAGAGUUCUAGGAAGUUUUGUGAUGUAUGUCCGGUGUGGGUUUUUUUCCUCUCGAGUUUUGUCUCUAAUAAAGGCCUUUUCUGUUUCAAAUUACAUACGCUUUUUACUGCACAA